AUGGGGCCAGAUAUGGCUGUUGAAAUGCUUUUACAUAAUGAAGAUUUUGUAGCUGAACGAGUAAGAGUUGACACUUUAAUUGGAGAUGAUGACUCAAGCACCAUUGCUAGAUUACGAAGAGAAUCUGAUCAUAAAAUUUUGAAAUGGGCAGAUGUAAAUCAUGCUACAUCAGGCUUAAGUAACGUUGAAACUAGUAGGCAAGCUUUACUCAAUAUCAUACCACAUGCAUUUGAUGAUCACACAAACUGUAAAGAAUGGUGUGGGUUUCAUAAAAAUCCUGAAAAGUAUGAACACAAGUUACUUCCUGGUGGUAAAGGGUUAACUGGUGAUAAUUUAAAGUACUCUUUAGAAAAAAUCUUUAGAAAUUUUGCAAAUAAUGCAGAGCAGUUAGCACCUUGUGGUUCAAGUCAAGCAAACGAGUCUAUGAAUAUGAAGAUUGCUAGCAAAGCUCCAAAGGCUCGUCACUAUGGUGGAUCAGAAUCUAAUGAUUUUAGAGUUGCUACAGCUCCAGUUCCAAAAAGUUCUAUAGCUAAAGAUGAGACUGUAGCAGCUGUCUUCUUCGACCUCGAAACUACAGGUUUUGGGCAAUCCUGUGAAAUAGUUCAAAUUGCUGCCAAGUAUAACGAUACUGAGUAUAAUGUAUAUAUUCUUCCAACAAAAGGAAUUCCUCCCAGUGCAUCGGCAGUUACUGGCCUUACUACAAAAGGUGGCAAAUUAUUUUUAUUAGGAAUUGAAGUUGAAACUGAAUCUGCUAAGUUGGCUGCAGAUGGACUUUUAUCUUUUUUGAAGUCAACAAAACAAAGAGUUAUUUUGAUAGCACACAACUGUAUAAGAUUUGAUGCUCCGAUUAUUCUUAGACUAAUGAAACAGGUUGAAUUAUUAACAGAGUUUAAAAAUACAGUUAGUGGAUUUUGUGAUACGUUACCAUUAUUUAAAUCAAAAUUACCGGAACGAAAAUCCGAAAAAUUAAGUCUUAAACAAUCUGCAUUAGCAGAAAAAUAUUUACAAACAGAUGAUCUAAAAGGUGCUCAUAAUGCAAUCAACGACGUAUCGGUUCUUCAAAAAUUAGUUUAUCACGCUAAAAUUAAUAUCACUCAUGAUGAGCUUAAAUUAAAUACAGUGACAAUAAAAAUUAUUGUCUGA